AUGGGCAUUGUUUCUCGCCUCGACGACCAAUUCGGCCGCAUCACUUCUAUUCUAUUAUCUACGAAUCUCUCUUCUACCACUGUGACCAUGUUCUUCACUGACCACGGCGAAUACAUGGGCGAUCACGGCCUGAUAGCGAAAUGGCCUUCCGGGCUCUCCGAUCUCAAGGCAGGGCUCCAGCACCGGGACCUCACGCUGGUCGGCAGGGCCGUCGCGCUGAGGAGCAAAGAGUAG